AUGAGUGAAAUCGAACCAGACUAUGUCAAGUUGAUCAGUGGCGACGGCUUUGAGUUUGUUAUCCAUCGUGAAGCAGCUAUCCGCUCUGGAACAAUCAAGAAUAUGCUUUGUGGACCAGUCCAAUUCAGAGAAUCUGUCGAUAAUGAAAUCACAUUCAGAGACAUCAAAGCAUCCAUACUGGAGAUUGUUUGCAGAUAUUUGUAUUACAAAUGGCAAUAUGAAGGCUCAACAACUGAAAUCCCUGAAUUCAAAGUGGAUCCAGAAGUCGUAUUGGAGACAUUGAUGACAGCAGAUUUCCUUGAAUGCUAA